AUGAGAUUUGAUGCGGUUUACGUUGUCUCGCUGGCUGCUUCGGCUGCGGCUCAGCUCUUUCCGCCCCCUGAGGGGCCAUUUCACGUUGCCUGGGAGAAUUCGGAAUUAGUGGACAAUUCCCGGGUAGACCCCUUCAAUGCAACUCACCCUCGGCGGCUCAUGGUAUCUCGUUUUACGCCUGUACCUAGGUCAAGUUGCGAAAAGCUCUGCCGUGUGCCGUACAUGACACCAGAAAUGGCGAGACUAGAGGAAGAGAUCUACAAGGCAGCUUUUCCGGACCUUGAAUGGCUUAAUGGCAUAUUUAGAAAGCUAGAGGUUCAGAUAUGCUGCAAGCAAGAUCGGCCUCCAAAAAAGAAGUUCCCAACUAUCCUGUUUGGUCCAGGCCACAAUACCACUCGGACACUGUAUACAGGAACGGCACAGCAAAUCGCCAGCAUGGGCUACGAAAUAAUGGUUAUUGAUCACCCGUACGAAACGGAUGUAGUGCAGUUCCCCAACGGCGAUAUUAUAUUCGGCGGCAGGGUGGGAUCAAAUCCUGACGACAAGGAGGAUAUUGUUCUUGGCUUGGAUAUCCGAGCACAAGAUGUUGCGUUCAUCUUGGACACUCUCAACUUAAAUAGAACCGUCUAUAUGGGCCAUUCAUACGGGGGUGCUUCAGCAGCCCACACGCUACCUAAGGAUUUACGACUGGUUUCAGGCGUGAAUCUCGAUGGUGCGAUGUGGAGCGACGUGCAAUACACUGGGGUGGACCGUCCCUUUCUUUGCUUUGGCUCGAUCGGUCAUAAUUCAAGCUCGAUUGAGGAGCCCACGUGGCGGAACUUCUUUCAUGCUAUGGACACAAUACACCCGAGCGUGUGGAAGAGAGAAUUGACUAUAAAUGGCUCAGUGCACGGAAGUUACUACGACUUUCCUAUCAUCGGAGAUGUCACGGGCUUUCGAGAAGGGGCCGAGGCCUUUUUUGGAGAGGUCACGGGGGAAGUAGUGAUGAAAGUUGUCAGGGAGUAUUUGAGCGACUUUAUACGGUUUACUCUGCGGGGUGGUGAAGAAGGACUGUUGUCUGGUCCUGAUGACGAUUUCCCAGAGGUGAUUUUUCUUAGGUGA